CUCUUCCCGCUCUUCCCCCCCUUUUUUUUUAAAUAUAUAUAUAUUCAAACUGGCUCACGCUACCCGUAGAGCUUUUCACGUUUAUACAGCCUUACGCUCUUCAAUGCCUCCUGUUCCUAAACCCUCUAAACAAUUAUACGACUACCUUGUCAUCGGUGGUGGCUCUGGUGGUCUGGCUUCUGCUAGACGUGCCAGCGGUAUCCACGGUGCAAAGGUUGCCCUUAUCGAAGCACAGCACCGUCUUGGUGGUACCUGCGUCAACGUUGGAUGUGUACCCAAGAAAGUGAUGUGGAACGCAGCCUCUAUUGCAGAAGCUCUUCGUGACGCAAAGGGUUACGGUUUCGAUGUCCAAGGCAAACCUAGUAUUGACUGGAACUAUAUCAAGACCAAGCGCGAUGCUUAUGUCAAGCGUCUUAAUGGUAUCUACGAGAGAAAUCUCGAGAAGGAUAGUGUCGAGCACUUCCAGGGCUUUGCCAGCUUUGUCAACCCCACUACUGUUCGCGUCCAGCAAACCGAGACCGAGUCUUUUGAGAUUUCGGCCAAGCAUAUCUUGGUAGCCACCGGUGGCCAUCCUAUUAUUCCAAACAUCCCUGGUGCUGAACUUGGUAUCGAUUCGGAUGGUUUCUUUGAUUUGGAGGAGCAGCCCAAACGGGUGGCUGUGGUCGGUACUGGCUACAUUGGUGUCGAACUUGCCGGCAUUUUCAACGCUCUUGGCUCCCAAACGACCAUUUUCUCCCGCACCAAACACAUCCUGCGUACCUUUGAUGAGAUCAUCCGUGAGCCUCUUCUGAAGGAGAUGGAAUCUGUCGGUGUCCAGUUUGCCUUUGAUUCAAAGGUCAAAUCUCUGUCGCGCGCAUCAACAUCUGGUCCUAUCCGCAUUGACUAUGAGUCCGAUGGCCAGGCUGCCUCCAUUGAGGUUGACUGUGUACUCUGGGCUGUAGGUCGUGCACCAAAUGUCCAGAAAUUGAACCUGGAGGGUGCUGGUGUCAAGACCAACGAAAAGGGUCAUAUUGUGGUUGAUUCUUAUCAGGCCACUUCUUCUGAGGGUGUACUUGCUCUUGGCGAUGCCUGUGGUUUAUUCGAACUCACUCCAGUGGCCAUUGCCGCUGGUCGUCGAUUGGCUGAUCGUCUUUUUGGUGGUGAGGCAUUCCGUAACUCUAAGCUUGAUUAUGAGAACAUUCCUACCGUUGUGUUUUCUCAUCCCACUGCUGGUACUUUGGGUCUCACCGAAACCGAGGCUCGCAAGAAGUACGGAGAUGAUCAAAUCAAGAUAUACCAGUCCAAGUUCACCAACAUGUACUUCUCCAUGCUCGAGCACAAGGAACCCACUGCUUACAAAUUGGUCGUCGCUGGCCCAGAAGAGAAGGUUGUGGGUGUCCAUCUGUUGGGUAGAGGCAGCGACGAGAUGUUGCAGGGCUUUGGUGUAGCUGUCCGUAUGGGAGCUACCAAGGCAGACUUUGACAACUGUGUGGCCAUUCACCCCACUGCUUCUGAAGAACUGGUCACGAUGCGAUAGAAUGAUGUGGCCGCGGUGAUAUCUUGUUAAAAGUGUGGGACAGAAUAAAAUUUAUAGAAAGCAGUAUUAUAUUAUAUUUUAUUUCAAAAUAAAUAAAUAAAUAAAUAAAAUAUAUAUUAAUAAUU